CCUUCAACUGUAGUACUUAAGACCUGACCUGGAUGAUUGAGAACCUACACAGACUUAUGCACAAACGUUUAUGGGAAUUAAGCUUUUAUUGUGAAGGAAUCGAGCCGGAAGCACUACUGCUGUAAAUGCUGGCGGGCGGAAGUAGAACCAACAUAACAUUGGAAAUGAAUUUCCUGUGGAAGCAAGCAGUUGGCCUCUCUGGAUGGUGGUAUUUUCCUCUGAGGUGAUACUUUGGUUUAAAUUUUAUAUAUUUCCUUGGAACGAGCUGUGUGCACAGACAUACAGAUCCAGCAGAGAAGAAUAUAUCAGACAACAAAGGUUCCAUGAAAGCGUCAGCCCACUGAUGCAUACAUUCUGGUGAUCCCCCAAAACUGUCUUCAUGCAGCUGCAGCUUCUGACUUGACAGUGUACUUCAGGUUUAGUGAAGAAUGGAAGAGGAUCAUAAAACACCAGCUCGAGACAAAGUAAAGCACCUCGCCAAGCCCAGGAAACGAAAACGUGCGUCUCAGAAGCCCACGUCACAUUCAGUGAAUGAAACUCGAGUGUACCUUGGACAGAUGUUUCAAAAAUGGCGUGCACUGAAAGAAGCAAAAGGAUUGAGAUCUGAUGCAGAAGUGGCCCUGUUUCUUCUGGAUGAAAUGAACACGCCCUCCCCAACAUCAUCUUCCUCUGGGGCCAGUGGCGAAAGGAUAAAAAUUUCUCAGUCUGAGGUGCAGAAACUAAUUGAGCAGGAGGUUCACAGUGCUGUGAAAAAAAAUGAAAGCAAGCUGCAGACUUUAGUAGAAACCAUUGAAAAGUGUGAUCGCAGAGUUGACUUUGAAAGAUCCAUCAGGAAACUGGAGGCUCAAAUGAACAUCGUAGCAAAGAGAGCAGAGGCAGCUUUUGCCUACAUGAAAAAGAGUCCACAGGAUAGACACAUCAUAAGGAUAGAAUCGGAUGAUGAAACUUCGGGAACCAUGUCACCCAAAGACAUAAAGAGCAGGAAAUGCAGAGACAAGAGUGGAAGGUUCUUGCAAGAGAUGGAAAGAACAAAAAAUGCAAUAAAGAAAAUGCGAGCGGAUAAUGAAGCUUUGACGGCUGCCAUAGCCAAUUUAAGAGAAGAGCAACCUCCUUCAGUUCUUGUUCCUUAUGGCUCCGCUGGGCCUAAGGGAUGCGUCGAGGUCGUAAAUAGAGAGCCAGAAAAUGAGCAUCAACAAGAAAACAAUAUUGGGGAGUUGAAGCAGUUAAAGUCAAAGGAUCAGACUGUGAAAGUAGAGUGUCUCUCUCCUGGCAGUACUAGUGCUCCCAAGCACACAGACUCAGAAGAGGACAGGCUUGUGUAUCCUCCUCUUCCCGCCACCAUUUUCCCCUCCGUCCUGAGCAUGGAAGCGGCCUCAUACAACAUCCCCCAGACCCCAGAAGUACAUCUGGCCCUCAUCAGGGACCCUGCUGGCCUCUCUGUGCUCUGGAAGGUGAAGGAGGAAGAUCCCUCUGCGCCGCCCAUGGAUAGUUAUAGCAUCUACAUGACUACGGAAAAGGUUAAGGGUAGCGGCGUCUUCCCAAACUGGAAGAUGCUCGGUGAAGUGAGGGCCUUCGAUCUGCCCAUGUGUGUGAUGAUCGCAAAGUACAAACCUGGCCACAAGGUGUGUGUCGCCGUGGUGGGCAAGGACAAGUUUGGCCGGUAUGGGCCCUACAGUAAAGUUGUGACUGCAGCCAUACCUGACUAGUUGGAAGGAGGACAUGGGAUCGAAGGAGAGACAAUACAGGCCCCCACUUCAUGUGGGAUUUACUCACUCUUAAUGUGUUAGUACUUUAACAGUGCUAAAAGCACUCUUUUCAAAUCUCCUAAGGUUGGUAACAUGGAGAGUGUUGAGUGGCUACUGAUUUUUUAUUUUUUGUUUGCUUUUUGAGGCAGUGUCACAGAGACACAAACCAGAAUCCUUUGAAACAAAAUAAAACACGCUAUUUUCACUCAUACAAUGAGUGUUUAUGUUGUAUUUAUAUUGUUUACCCUCUUUGCAGAGAAGACACACACAGACACACACACACACAGACGCAGUCGAGUGCCAGUAAACCAGGGAGGAGUUUAAUAUCACUUCAGUAAUGGCAGUAUGUAUACAUAAAACAGAUCAACGUCAUUUUACAAAAUUUUAACAGUGUAUAAUGGAAUGUUGAUUUUUUUCAUGAGGCAAUAAAGUGAACUGUUUUGAAUGUA